AUGCCAUUUGAAUUGCGGAAAGUACUUUUAUCGGAAGGACUCACUCAAACGUCAUAUAAAAUUGCUUCACGAGAACGAGGGGGCCAAGGCAAGAAAAAGGGCCAAAAAGUGAAAUUUCGAAAAGUGAGGUUCAAAAGUGAGGUUUUUGUGCUGGUCGCAAUUUGCACCCAUUUCAUAAUGCAAUUAAUAUUAAUAAUAUUCUUCUCGAUUUUGGCAGUAGUUUGUGCUGGAGCAGACCAGUCGAGGAUCUGCAAGUCGUAUGGUUCAGACGUCCCCUUUUCGGGAUACAAGAUCGAGUUUCAAUAUAGAAAUAGUGGUACAUUCCACUUGUACAUGUGCCGCGAAGGAAAAUCGAUUGGGACACUUUUUCUCAACGAUAGCAUUCCAUAUGGCCAAGAUCUUUGUGUUGUGGAGGGACAGCCAUGUUUAUUUCUUGCACGCACCAAGGCUGCCUCGAAACGGCAGAAUGCCAUGUUUUUUCCGGGUGAUAUUAUCGGUGGAAUCUUUCAAAGAAACGGGAAAUCGCUUCUUCCAGUAGCGCCGCUCAUUGCCGAAAACGCUCUAAAAUUUCACUGGGUCGAGUUCAAGGGUUUGAAAAAGGCUAUUAUUCACGUUCCCAUAUUGGCCACUUUGGGUAUUGACAGCACUAGAAACGGCGAUACCAUGUGGCUGGAGAAUAUUGAUGUGGAUGAGCAAUACGGUGGGGUCGAACAGACAAAAAUGAUCAUGAAUCACAUCAUGGAUAGGAUUAUACCGGGUACUGCCAAAUUCAUAUUACGUGUGUUUAAAACUGGAGCAGGACUUGUCAAUACCGUGGUCCGCGACGGCACCGCUUUACUCUGGAGCGGGGUGGCGCCCUAG